AUGACCUCUACUCCCUCAAAGGAGAAGGAGGCUUCCGCUGCCCCCGUCGUCGACACCAAGGAGACCAAGGCUGAGCCUGCUCCACCAGUGCUCACCGUCGAGGAUGAAAUCCUCAACAACAUCACUCUCAUCGGCCGGGCAGUGACGACCGCCGAGCCACGGUUUACGACGCGUGUCCUCCGCACUCUGACGCACCUGCGUAAGAAGAUCACCAAGCCCGUGCUCAAGGACGCGCUGGACCGCGCCUUCCCCAAGGGCUCCAAGACGGGCCAGGCGCUGAUCGCGUCCCCGAUCUUUGGGCUCUUGCCAGAGCCUCCAGCCAAGGACGAGGCGAUGGACGUGGACAAAAGCCCCAAGGCCAAGGAAGGCGAGAAGGAGGGUGAGAGCUCUACGCCUGCCCCCGCACCCAAGAAGUAUACUGCGCCAGUCGACAGCGCGACGCAAGACCUCAUCCCCGAGGGUGUCGUCUACCUCCGCCUCCUCAUCAUCCUGGCUGCUGUCGACGCUGGUAAGGUUGCAGAGGCAUGCGCGUUCGCCAAGGAGACGACGGACUUGAUUCAGGCCGCCAACCGCCGUACAAUGGACCAGAUCGCCGCGAAGGUCUACUUCUACCUCGCGCGCGCGUACGAGCUCCAGGGUCGCCUCGCCGAGCUCCGCCCCACCCUUCUUGCUGUGCGCCAGUCGGCCCACCUCCGCAAGGACGAGAACCUCGAGAUCACCGUCGUCAACCUCCUCCUCCGCUCCUACCUCCAGUCCAACUUAUACGACCAGGCUGACAAGCUGCUCUCGAAGAUUGAGAUGCCUACAUCGAGCAACACGGCCCAGACUGCGCGCUGGUACUUCUAUACCGCGCGUCUGCGUGCUGUGCAGCUCAACUACGCUGGCGCUGCCGACCUUCUCCUCACCGCUAUCCGUCGCGCACCCAAGGACGAGGUCGCCCCAGGAUUUGUGCAGAUCAUUCACAAGUUCUACAUUGUCACGGAGAUGCUCACCGGCCGCAUCCCGGACCGCGCCAUGUUCCGCCGGCCGGUGCUACAGCACGCCCUCCUCCCCUACUUCCAGAUUGUGCAGGCCGUCCGUGUCGGCGACGUCGCGGCGUUCCAGCGCGCGUUCACGACGCACGAGCAGGCCUUCCUUGCCGACUCGACACACUUCCUCAUCCUCCGUCUGCGGCAUUUCGUCAUCCGUACCGCACUGCGGACAAUCACGCUGGCAUACUCGCGCAUCUCGCUGCGCGACGUGUGCCUCAAGCUCGGCUUAGACUCUGAAGAGGACACCGAGUACAUUGUGGCCAAGGCGAUCAAGGACCGUGUGAUUGACGCGACCAUUGACCACAAGGGCGGGUUCAUGCAGUCCAAGGUCAAGAAGGACAUCUACGAGUCGGACGAGCCGCAGCAGCAGAUUGCCCAGCGUCUCAAGUACGCGCUUGAGAUGCACAACGACGCGCUGCAGGGCAUGCGCUUUGCGGCCAACGUGCACCGCAAGGACCUCGAGACGGCGGCCGACGCUCGCGAGCGCGACCGUGAGAUUGCGCAGUUGAUCCAGGAGACUGAGGACGACCUCGAUGACCUGUAG